CCUUAGCUCUCGUUAGCCGAACAUCGACGCAUCAUGUUGAAGUGAGGGCUUGUUCUCCUUCAGUCACGUGUUUGUUUGUUGUUUUGGCUCAGAAGGAGAGCAGGUAGUGGGUGUUGUUAGCGAACAUAACGUUAACAUUUACGUGGAUAAAGGUUGAGCUAAAGUUUAGGUGUUGCAAAUGUCUCACGCCACAGAAAUGUCCCUGCCACCCGAAUGGUGCGACGACGAGCGGAUGAACUUUAUGUUCUCGGACUUUAAUGAGAACCGAGACGUCAACACGACGGACUGGGACAGUAAGAUGGACUUCUGGACGGCUCUGGUCGUUAAAGGCUGCAGGGACCGAGGCGCAGUGUGCGUCAACCUGCAGGACCUGAACAAGACCUUCAGGAGGAAAGACAAAUCCCCUCUGGGCUUGGCGACUGUCAUCCAGUCCAUGGCCAGGUGUGGGAAGAUCCAGAGGGAGUCAGAGUUUGCUGCCAAUGUGGACUGUGGCUGGCUGUCCUGGGGUGUUGGCCUGCUGCUGGUGAAGCCUCUGAAAUGGACCUUCUCAACUCUUCUGGGAAGCAACCGGGUGCCUUUGGAGGAGUCCUUUGUUGUCAUUGAGCUAGUGAAGGAGAAAGCAGUUGAAUUACUGAAGGUGUACAGGAGCAGUGGAUUUGCCAGCCGCUCCAUCCUGUCAUUUCCAGAACUCUGCACUCUCUCCUCUGAUGUCUGUGCUGAUGAGAGCACCCUGUGCAUGGCUCUCCUGCAGCUGCAGAGGGACAAGCAAGUGACGGUUUCUGUGCACGAGGGCGAGAAGAUUGUCAAGUUUUGUCUGGCUGGGCAGGAUAAUGUUUCCCCAGUCAGCGAUGUGGAUAUGGGAAUCUACCAGCUGCAGCGCAGUGAGAAGCUGCUGGGAGAGCGGGUGGAGAAACUGGGCCUUGAAGCUGACAAGUGCAAAGAGGAAGCAAGGACACUUCUCAGGGAAGGGAAGAAAUCCCAGGCGCUGAGGAGUUUAAGGGGCCGCAAAAGGGUGGAAAAGAGAGCAGACAGCUUGUUUGCAAAACUGGAGUCCAUCAGAGGAAUCCUGGACAGAAUAGCCCAGUCGCAGACUGAUAAGAUGGUUAUGCAAGCUUAUCAGGCCGGAGUGUCGGCCCUGAGACUCUCUCUUAAGGAUGUGACUGUGGAACGUGCUGAGAGUCUUGUGGAUCAAAUACAGGAGCUGUGUGACACUCAAGAUGAAGUGAACAAAACUAUAUCCAGUGGCGUGACCAGCGCAGAUGAAGACAUAGAUGAGUUGGAGGAGGAACUGAAAUCUUUGUUGGACGAAUCAAAGCCGGAUUCAAUCUCAAGUUUUCCUGAAGUUCCAACAAACGGUCUGCGAAUCCCCGGGGAGCCGAGCCUCCCAGGUACCGACCUGCUCAGUUCUCUGCCUGCGGUUCCUUACAGACCCUUUGAUAUUACCGAUGAGCAGCUGGAGGAAGAAUUAAAUCAGUUAACCCUUACAGAUUCAGGCUUUCAACAGAAGAAGAUGACAUCGCCAGCCAAGAGAUUAGAGCCUGCACAGUGACAGCACAGGCAGCACAUGGCAAGUCCAAAGCUCUGCAUCAACAUAUCAAACUGUAUCUCCUAAAACUAUUUCUGUGAGCUAGAAUUCAUAGGAGUAAAAAAAAGUACUGAAGAACUACAUUAGCAGUUGCUAAAUCAUUACUGUAAGUGAUGUCAAAUCAAUAUCAUAAUGAAAACAAGGCACUUUCCUUCAUUAAUAAAAAAUAAAAAUAUGUCUUUUUCGGUGGAGGCGUGCCAAAAAGGCCUUUUUAAAUAUAUUUUUUUCUUUUCUAAAUUAAAAUGCUUUUCAACUUGAACGUUUUUAGAUCUGCUAUUCCAUCAGGAUCUCAAGGAUCUCAAGUCAAAAGUGAAUAUAUUUACAGUUUAAAAUCUGUUCUUAAACUGCGAGACUAGUAAUGCUUUUAAUUUUUCUGGUCUUUUUGUGUGAGAACAAGUUUAUUUGUUGUUUGUAGAAUGUGAUUAUUGAUGUCUUUAAAUGUCCUUUAUUGAAAGUCCUGUAAAGUGCAUUAAGUGGCCUUUUGAACUGUAAGUUUGAAAGUAAAGAGAAUAUUAUGCCAAAUGAUUUAAUCAAUAAGUAUAUUUAGCUUCACUGCAACAUACCUGUGAGGACUGACAAGCCUACCUUAAGUGAGUUUAACCAAAUAUGUUUCCCAAAAUAAAAUUUAUUUUAAUCAC